UACUCAACAUCUCUAAAGAAAAUUCUGGGCCCAACACCUCCACUUCCUCACCUCCCACUCAUUUCUUAACCCUUAUCAAUUGUCUUCUACCACACCCUAUUCACAACCCGGCAUUUUACUGAGUUUGCCUUUUCAAAGGUCAUUAAUGAUCCCUUGUUGCCAAGUUGUAUGGUCUCUUCUUAGAGAGGGUGGUAUUGGCAUGGCUGACCUUAAAACUCACUAUUCCUGUAGCUAGCUACUCCCCUAGCUUCUGAGAAUGCUAGUUGCCUACGCAGACUUCGUUUACACCUUUUUCCUUAUUGUUCCAUUCUAGAGACAAUGUCUCCAGCUGAACUACUACAUUCCCAGCCUCCUUUGCAGCUGGAAGUGGCCAGUGAGAUUUAACAGAAAAGUGCAACCUAGUAGGUAGGUCCUUAGCCGAGACUUCUGGUGACUUCAACAGACCCUGACAGUGUCACCUUUUUCCAUCCAGCCAGGCCUUUGGAGACCUGAUGUCAUUAAGAAAAAAUUUCCCCGUGACUUUCAAGAAUUCAGACCUAAUGAAAUUCUCCGUCUCCUCUAACACAGUGAAGGAAAGCAGCUUUGGAAGUGCCAGUGCGAAUCAAUGUCGUCCACAAUGAUUUCUUGGGUGCUCAUCUUCUUCUCAAGUUUUCUUUGGCAUGUUGCUAUUGCAGGACGGACCUGUCCCAGGCCAGAAGAAGUACCAUUUGCUAUAGUCUUGCCAUUAAAAUCGUUCUAUGACCCAGGAGAACAGAUCACGUACACCUGCCAGCCGGGUUAUGUGGCCAGGGGAGGAGUGAUGAGACGGUUUACGUGCCCUCUUACCGGCAUGUGGCCUGUCAACACUCUGAAAUGUCUACCUCGAGUAUGUCCUUUUGCUGGAAUCUUAGAAAAUGGAGCUGUACGCUAUACAACCUUUGAAUAUCCCAACACAAUCAGCUUUACUUGUAACACUGGGUUUCAGCUGAAUGGAACUAAAUCUGCCAAAUGCACCGAGGAAGGAAGAUGGAAUCCAGGGCUUCCUGUCUGUGCUCCUAUAACCUGUCCUCCACCACCCAUACCUAAAUUCGCCACCUUGAGUGUUUAUAAGCCAUCGGUUGGAAACAACUCCCUCUAUCGGGACACUGCAGUCUUUGCGUGUUUGCCACACCAUGCAAUAUUUGGAAAUGACACAAUUUCCUGCACGGAACGUGGAAAUUGGACUCAACUACCAGAAUGCAGAGAAGUAAAGUGCCCAUUUCCAUCAAGACCAGACAAUGGAUUUGUGAACUACCCUGCAAAACAAGUACUUUAUUACAAGGAUAAAGCCACGUAUGGUUGCCAUGAUACAUUUGCCCUGGAUGGCCCAGAAGAAGUAGAAUGUAGUAAAUUGGGGACCUGGUCUGCUCAGCCAAGUUGUAAAGCAUCUUGUAAAUUAUCUGUUAAAAAAGCCACUGUGCUGUUCCAAGGAGAAAGAGUAAAGCUCCAAGAAAGAUUUAAGAAUGGAAUGCUGCAUGGUGAAAAAGUUUCCUUCUUCUGCAAAAAUAAGGAAAAGAAGUGUAGCUAUACAGAGGAUGCUCAGUGCAUAGAUGGCACCAUUGAAAUUCCCAAAUGCUUCAAGGAGCACAGUUCUUUAGCUUUCUGGAAAACUGACGCAUCAGAUGUCAAACCAUGCGAAAGUGAUUCUUAGACUCCGAAGACUUGUAUCUGUGUUUGUCCAAGGAAACUAAUGAAAGUGGAAAAAAUAAAGAUACAGAAUUUAUUGCUUCAUCCAUUGCAGUGUUACUCCUCAUAGUGGCUUCCUUUCAGUUAUGCUACCUGGUUAAGGACCUCGAAUAUUUAGAACGUCAUCAUUUCAUGGCUGUGAAAUGGAAAGGGUAAACAGUUACCUGAGUAACCCAGCUCCCCUCCUCCCCAAUUCUACUCUCAAGUGCUUUCACCUAAAACGCCUGCAACGCAGUGUU